UAGUCUACACAGCACAGAAGCAAGCAUACACAAGUGAAGCUAUUCUGUCUUUGUAAACGCUCAAAGGCAUAAUGUCAGAGAUGACAUUUUUUCAGUACUGCAUUGGAGAGGAGAAAUGCACCUUUAAUGAAAUUAACUGUUCACUGUAAUGUCUCAAUAUAUUUACAUACAUAUUUUAAUUAAUAAAAAUGUGCUUUUUAUAGAGGGUUUAUUGCGCAUUACACGUACGGCUUUACAAUUUGACGCACUUGAGACUCGUAGAGUUAAGAAUGAAAUCUUUCCUGCGAGUAGAAGGGUGCGUUACGGCACUGUCGUAAAACGCCACUGCGCGGUGUUGCAAUGGCCUUUGCUGCGACAGCACUUUGCGGUAGCGAAGAGGGCUCGAGGAGAAAGCAGCUACUACUAACGUCGCCACUUGCAACACCUUAGCCUCAAUAAUCCAAGGAUUUACGCCACUUUCGGCGAACCGACACCUCCGACGUCGUCGUAUAUCUCUUCGCCUUUUGGAUGAGAUUGCGUCCAACGUUUCCUAAACGCGAUUCGCCACCUUGAUGCGGUGGGAUGGCCACAGUGCCGCCUGGGCCUAGUAGCGCACUGCCUGCAUCCCCGGCUGAAAGUCCACCUUUCCCCGGGGCAGGGAGCGCGGAGUCGGGGUGCGACGACGGAGGGCCGCGUCGCCCCGGGGAGGAGGAGGUCGUGUCCGGCGGUGCGGGGAAGGCGAAGACGCCGGCUGUCUGCGAACCCAAGCAGUCGAUCAAGAAGAAGCAGACAAACAUGCUAGCUCGACCUAGCCAGCCGGCGCUACACCUCCAAGCCGGGGAGCAGCAGCAGCAGCAGCUCAACGGCUUGGCGAGUCCCCUCCAGGAGCCGGACGACCACCCUUUCCCAGCGAGCCAGCCUGGCAGUCCGAGACCGUCCGUGGACAACUGUGACAACGACGGAAACGACGUGGAGAACUGCCAACAUGAAGGCCCCCUCGCCAAAAACGGCAACCACUCGCCGCUGGUUAGCAGCAGCAUGAACGGGAUGCCGGACAAGACAAGAACUCUGGCGGUUCGCAGCCUUACCGACGGCGCCGACUUGGACCACAACGCUUCCGGGCCCGUAGAACCGGGAACGGAGGAGCCCCAGCCGCCCACAGCCGAGCUGGCCCGGCUGGAUCUGAGCGGCUCGGAGGAGAGCUACGACAUUUGUUAUGUGCGCUACGAAUCCGAGCUGCAGAUGCCGUGGAUCAUGAGACUGAUCACCAAGGACUUGUCUGAGCCUUAUUCCAUUUACACGUACAGGUACUUCAUCCACAACUGGCCGCAGCUCUGCUUCCUGGCCAUGGUGGAGCAGGAGUGCGUCGGCGCCAUCGUAUGUAAGCUUGACUUGCACAAGAAGAUGUUCCGGCGCGGCUACAUCGCCAUGCUGGCCGUCGACUCCAAACACAGAAGGAAAAGCAUCGGUACUAAUCUGGUGAAGAAGGCCAUCUACGCCAUGGUGGAGGGCGACUGUGACGAGGUGGUUUUGGAGACUGAGAUCACAAACAAGUCCGCCCUGAAGCUCUACGAGAACUUAGGCUUUGUGAGGGACAAGCGGCUCUUCAGAUACUACCUGAACGGCGUGGACGCGCUGCGACUCAAACUGUGGCUCCGCUGAAAGAGGGAGGGGGAAGAACAGGACGGGAGACCUGGGGGGGGCGCGUUAAGACAGACGAACAGACAGGACGUGCUGUUCACCUCUUCACACACACACACACACACACACACACACACACACUAUAUUCAACCUUGAACAAGUUUCAAAACAGACACCUCCCCGUCUCUCCUCCUCCAUCAACUCUUUUUUUAAAGGAGGAGCUAGUGGGGAGGAGGUGGUCUAUGGGAUGACAUUUUGGGGUUUUUUUUGACCUUCAAAGACGGGAGGAGGAGGACAAGGAAUGGGGACAUCGGGCGAAGCCUUGCUGGACGGAUACUCGGAACAAACUUGAAGAAAAAAACAAAUAAGCAGCAAGACACAGAAACUUAUUGGUGGAGUUUAUUUUUGUGUUUCUUUUUUUUUUUUUAAAACCUUGGAGGGUUAACGACUGUGUGUGUGUGUGUGUGUGUGUGUGUGUGUGUGUGUGUGCGCGCGCGCGACUGUUGCGUGUCGUCCCAAAUGUGUUCACAUGGCAGCGCUGUGUCAGCCAGACAUCACAGCCUCUCAAGGACUAAAGCCUGUAAAGCUGCGCAUGCGUUUAUUUUAUUUUGUGUGUGUGUGUGUGUGUGUGUGUGUGUGUGUGUGUGUGUGUGUGUACGUGUGCGUGCGCAGAUGACAACCAGUGUGAACUCCUUCAUCACUCCGCUUUGAUCACCUCAAACCUCACCUCCAUUUUUUCUUUAAGAUCCAAAGUCUGUCAUCACAGUCAAUCUCUACUUUAAAAGUUGCAACGUUUCCCACAAUGCACUGCCAGCCUCCCCCCAAAACCGACGUGUGUGUGUGUGUGUGUAGGAGACAAUGCCAAGUAGAAUGACACCCAGUAGAACACAGACGUCCAUCAAGGCCAAACAAACGGGAUUUGGCUCAGAUAGUCAAGUUGUGGCGCCUUUUGGACGAUAAAGUCAGUGUUGGCCAGGCGGUGGCGCCGCUGUGCUGCACGCUGGCAGGCUGCAGCACACUUGAGGUCAAGCUCCGCCCUGCCUCAGAGUACAGCAGUUAGGCCCCGCCUCCCAGUGUGAGUCUCCCAUUUUUCUGUUUGCGCACCUUCACGGCCAAGAAAGUGUCCCCGCAGACGACACCACCGGCGACAAAGAAGCGCUUUUUUUGUUUUGCUUUUUUUUUUUUUUUUUUUUUUUAAAAAAAAGGUCAGAUGCACUUGUUUGGAACUUGCCGCAGUUUUGUGUGUUUGUGUGUAUGUGUGUGUCCUAUUUUGUCUGUUUUGCUGUGUGGGUUUAUUCAGAUUUUUUUUAUUUUUUACUUUUGUCUUCAAAAAGGCCUGCACAAGGAAACUAGAAUUCAUUCAAAGGAGUUUUACGGCCACGCUGAAAAGAAAAACACUUCUAAUCCUAAUCAAAUGGAAUUAUUCCAAGAAUAAAGUCAGAACUUUAUUCUAGGAAUAUGACAUUUUUUCUCUCGUAAGUCUGUACUUUAUUCUUGGAAUAAUUAAAUAUAGUCAUUAUUUCGCACCUUUCUCAAAAAUACCACUUCAGAAUAUUUUUUCAUAGCAUGACUUUUCAAAAUGCAGCUUUAUUCUUGUAACAUUACUGUUCUUUUCGUAGAAAUGGCAUAAUAACCCUUGGUAAUGUUAGUUUUAUUUUUGACUGUAUUACGACUUUUUUUUUCUCAACAUGACUUUGUUACAUUACGGCUUUUUCUUAAUACUUGUACUCAUAAAAUUAUAACUUUACUUUCGGAACAAUGGUAAUUUUUUUCUUGUAUUAUCACCACAUUCUUUAAACAUACAACUCCCGCACACUUAUUUUCGUAGCUUUAUGGCUUUUUUUGUACGACUUUAUUGUGGCAACAUUACUAUUCUUUUCUUAGAAAAACAGAAGUAAAGGUAUUCGCAUAGUAACGCUUGGUAACAUUACCAUUUUAUUUUUAGAAUGUUACGUUUUCCUGAAAACACGGUUAUUCUCGCAACAUUACUUUUUUUUCCACAAUAUGACUUGAUGACAUUACGGCUAACAAAAAAAACUGCGUUUCGCAAAAUGACAACUUUAUUCGCGGAACAAUACAUAUUUUUUUCUUCUAGUAUCAACCCUUUCUUUAAAAAUACGACUUCUGAACAUUUAUUUUCAUAACGUUAUGACUUUUUAUCCUCACAAGGCAGCAACUUUUUCAACAUGCGAGUUAUUUUCUUAGAAAUACAGAAGUAAAAAUGGGACUAUUGUCAAAGUAACAGUCUGAUUUGAUUUAUUUCCUGAAAACAUGUCGUUAUUCUCGUAACGUUACAACUUAUUUAGCUUAAUAUGACUUUAUGACAUUAUGGUUUUCCUAUUAAAAAUACUAACAAAAAAUCCUCGUAAAAUUACAACUUUCUUCUCGGAACAAUACGAAUUGUUUUCUUCCGAUCUCACCUUUUUUUUCUUUUUUUUUUUUUUUUUAUAAAUACGACUUCCGAACAUUUUCGUAGCAUUAUGGGUUUUUUUUCUACAUCUUUUUCCAAAGUAUGACUUUAUUCUGGCAACAUUACUAUUCUAUUCUUAGAAACACAGAAGUAAAGGUAUUCGCGUUCUAACACUUGGUAAUGUUAUGUUUUUUUGGGGGGGGGAUAUAAUGACAUUUUCCUGAAAACACGUUAUUCUCGUGACAUUACGACUUUUCUCUUAAGAACACAAUCUCGUAAAAUGACAACUUUUAUACUCAAAACAAUACAAACUUUUUGUUUUCUAAAAUGUAACUUGCGAACAUUCAAGACACUAAAACAAAAAAAGACUACUCAUAACAAUACGACUUUAUUCUCGGAACUGUGUAGGUUUUUCUUUAUCGUAAUUUUACAUGUUUUUCUUUUCAUUUUGGCCUGUAAGCUCCUCCCCUUGGAAGUGUGCAAUUGAAGCAAAAAAUAUGCAAAUGGCCGCCUGUCCGUGCUUUUUUUUUUAAAAAAAUUUUCCUGUCCUUAGCUGCCGUAAGCGAGAAAAAAAAGACACUUUGCUACUUUUCUUAAAAUGUGAUUUUUGCUUGGGUGACGGAGCCAAUUUUGCGACACGUUUACAACAUCUUGUGUGUUUGCGUGAUGACACGGAACUAACUACUACAUUUUCUCAUUUUUUGUAACAUGUUUGCUCCCAAAUCAUGUCCUUGAUGAAUCAUCCAUCGUGGGAGGGCGAUUCUCGGUCACAGGAGAUGUGGCCGCGGGUGUUCAAACGAUUCGAUUCCAAAAGGAGCGUCAUGUACGAGUCACUUAUGUUCAGUUCCCUUGCCACCAUCUUUAAAGGGCGUUACAACCGCAUCCGACUGAAGGGCUUCAUCAUGUUUGUUUGUCGCCGUGGCUUCAUAAUAACGGCCCGAUUUUGCUUAAAAAGAUGUCGAUUCGCUCAUGGGAUGCCAUCCCAGAAGUGCCAUCCCCCUUCCUUUUCCUCCCCAUGGACCACUUUAUUCACAAAACACACUCUGGGCGGGGCUUCCUGUCUCUUGGCAGCCCCGCCUCGAGCGCCAUCGCCACCACCAGAGAGCAAAAUGAAUAUUUUUGUGUUUUAUUUUUCUUCUGCAUGUCAGACUUGUUUCCCUUGCCCUUUUUCCUUCCUCCACCCCCCAACCCCCAUUUGAAUCUGGAAAUGUCCGAGAGAGUUUUUAUUUAAUGUGGAGAGAAACAAACAAAAAAAAAGAACACAGAAAUAAAUUAUUUGAUUUUUUUUUAAUGCUGUAAACUGGAGUUGUCAGUUGUUUUCAACACAAGUCACUCCCCCACGCCCCCCAUAGUCUUUAUUCUGAGAAAUAUUUUUUGAUUUGGUCACACUUGUUUCAUAUCUACACAUAGAAGACAAAAUCACUCUUUUACAUCACAUUGACAGCCAUAAAACAGUAUUAUUGCAUAAACACCUGCUGUUGAACAGUGACAAUACAAAGAAGUCCAUGUACAGUAAGUGGACAUUUCUUUUUUCACCAAAUACCAUCAUUUGUUCUUUUCCAACAAACGGCACAUACGACGACUGACGCGGGAGUUCCAAGUUGCACUUUUGCAGCAAACAUCAGUGAUUUGUUGGGGAUAACAAAACAAUUUACUCAAAAGUAACUACAGCAAUCCCUAUAUCACAGUUCGAAUAUAAUUAAUGAAUGAUAGCUGUUUUGUGGUUGACUAUGGCCUACUAUUAGUCAAAAAAAUUAUGAAAGAUAAGUUAUGUGUAGUAUUGUGGUCACCAGACUUCAGUACCUAAUGUUAUGACUAGUUAGCUCAGUAAACUUGCUAUGCUACUGCGGGCAUGUCUUAUGUCCCUGCGAUCCCGUAGCAAUGUGAUAGGAUACAAUAAUAGGAGUGUCAAAGUGACUAUUGGUGUAAUUUCGUGGCUACGGGGCUCCAAUAAUGUUAAAACACGUAUUUAGAAAGUCAUAAACACGUUGUGUAUGCUAUAACUACGAAAAUGGUCAAUUUAAUAACAUUGUCUCAUAUAGUGUGGAAAUUCAUACAACGCGGCUGGAACCAAUUAACCGCGAUAAAUGAGGGUGUAUGUGACACCACAACACCCUGCUUUGAAGAAGCUACCGCUGUUAGCACAUCAUGGGAGAAAGUCAACGGCUCGCCCGGUUCUGUUCACUAGGUAAGUAACAGUGCUCUUAAAUCUUAACAAUAAAACACGAGCUCUAUGCUACGGUAGCAUCUGAAAUGACGGCAAUUGUGAUACGCCAUUUUGGAAAG